AAAAUUAAAAUACGUAAAAAAGAAAAAGAAAACACUCAAUCACACACAGAGAGAGACCACAAGAAAUGGCGAUGACGCGGAACAAUCUCCUCACCAUAACCAUAGCCCUCCUCUUCUUCUCCCUAGCCUCCGGCCACAGCCACCGCGUCGUACCGCCGGAGACGGUGGCGGAGGACGAGUUCCCGCCACAGCCCCACGCCGGAGGCGUGGGAGGAUGGGAGCAUCCGUUCUACUUCGGACAGAGGAGUUUCCAGACAUUGCUAAGGUCGAAGGAAGGGUUCAUGAAGCUGUUGCCGAGCUUCACAAGUCGAUCAUGGCUGUUUCGAGGCAUAGAGAACUACCGCUUCGCUUUCUUGAAGAUGGCUCCUAGAACAUUUGUGCAGCCUCACCACCCUGACGCGGAUGUUGUCUUUGUUGUCCUCCAAGGAAAGGGAGUGGCAAUGUUUUUGACACAAGAGGAAAAGGAAACGUUCCACAUAGAGAAGGGUCAUGUGGUGAGAAUGCCAGCAGGAACCACACACUAUGUGGCCAACACCGGCGACGAUGAGCCUCUCCGCCUCGCUGCUAUCUUCGUCCCCGUCAACAUCCCGGGCAGCUUCCAGGUGUUCUUCCCGGCUGCAGCCGAAUUUCAACAAUCUUACUUCGACGGGUUCAGCAGCAAAGUCCUCUCCGCGAGUUUCAAUGUNUCGGAAGAGUUGCUCGGGCGAUUUCUACGGGGACCGCAGACUGGACGGAAGGCCAUCCAGACAAUUUCGCCCGAGGAAAUCAAGGAACUAAGAAAACAUGUCAGUUCGGAAAAACACAAACAUCAAGGGAGACUGUGGAGCCCUUUCGAUAUCCAUAGCCAAGAACCCGUCUACUCGAACGAGUUUGGUCGGUUCUACGAGGCGCAUCCCGAGAGGUUUAGACAACUUCGAGACCUCGGUAUCUCGGUCACUUGCAUCAACAUGACUCAGGGGUCGAUAUUUGUGCCUCACUUCAGCUCCAAGGCUACGUUCAUCGUGUUUGUGGAGAGCGGUUGUGCCCGCUUCGAGAUGGCCAAACCCCACAUCGGAUCAGGACAAUGGCAACAACAACAACAAGAAGGACCGCAAUGGGGAGGACAAGGACAAGAACAGCAAUGGGGAGAACAGGAGAUGACUGGCAAAAUCCAUCGGGUCGUGUCCCAAGUCUGUAAAGGUGAACUCUUUGUAAUACCGGCAAGUCAUCCGGUCGCCAUCAUCACUCAAGAUCAAAACUUCACAGCAGUGGGUUUCGGGAUCAACGCUCACAACAGCUCGAGGACGUUCCUUGCAGGACAAGGAAACAUAUUGAGCAAACUAGACACGGCCGAGAAGAGGCUUACCUUUGGCGUGGGCAAGGAGGUUUCGGAGAGGGUUUUCACGAGCCAGGAUUACUCCUACUUUGUGCCAACGCAUCAGCGGAGACAACAGAAGCCCUCGUUCCAGUCGAUCUUCAACUAUGCCGGGUACUAAAA